AUGAUCACCGCCCCGAGGCUGUCAACCCGCUCCGUGCGGGCUGCUCUCCCCGCAUUCCGAAGUCAGAGACAGUUUAGCUCCGCACGCCCGUCGUUGAAGGAGAUUCAAGAAGCAUAUAUUCUCAGUGCUGCCCGUACGCCAACUGCCAAGUUCAAUGGCUCCUUUGCCUCGGUUUCGGCUCCCCAACUCGGCGCGGUCGCCAUCAAGUCGGCUCUCAGCAAAAGCAACGUCCCCGUGGAGAAGAUCACCGAUGUUUACAUGGGAAAUGUUCUGCAGGGGUCGGUUGGUCAGGCUCCCGCUCGUCAAGCUUCCAUCUUUGCCGGUCUGCCUUCCACCGUCGAGUCGAUGACAGUCAAUAAGGUGUGCGCCUCCGGUCUGAAGGCGGUUGCAUUGGCCGCCCAGAACAUUCAACUGGGACUGGCCGAGGCACAAGUUGCUGGUGGUAUGGAGAACAUGACCCGUAUCAAGCUCGAGGACGGUUUGAUCAAGGAUGGGCUCUGGGAUGUGUACAACCAGUUCCACAUGGGAAUCUGCGCAGAGCAGACCGCUAAGAAGUAUGAUGUUUCACGAGAGGAUCAAGAUCAAUACGCUAUUCGUUCCUAUGAGCGAGCCCAGGCAGCUUGGAAGGAGAACAAGUUCGCCGACGAGAUUGCCCCCGUCACUGUCAAGGGAAAGAAGGGUGACACCGUCAUCGAAAAGGAUGAGGGUUUUGAGAACUUGCGUGCCGACAAGCUGACUAGCCUGAAGCCUGCUUUCCUGCGGGAUGGUACGGGUACCGUGACUGCUGGUAAUGCUUCGACCAUGAACGACGGCGCAUCGGCUCUCGUCCUCGCCAACAAGGAGAUUGCUCGGGAAUUUGGCACUGGUGGCCGGGUUCUAGCUCGCAUUGUCUCGACCGCUGAUGCGGCCAUUGACCCUGUUGACUUCCCUGUGGCCCCAGCCAAGGCCGUCCCUAUCGCUCUGGAGCGAGCCGGUAUCACCAAGGACCAAGUUGCCGUAUGGGAGUUCAACGAGGCUUUCGCAGCUGUUAUCAAGGCCAACGAGAAGGUAAAACAUCCAGCUAUUCUUGGUCUCCAGGAUGCCAAGGUGAAUAUGCUUGGUGGUGCUAUCUCCCUGGGUCAUGCGCUAGGAAGCUCCGGCUCCCGUAUUCUUGUCACCCUGCUUCACCAAUUGCAGCCUGGUGAGUACGGCGUGGCGGCUAUUUGCAACGGUGGUGGUGCGGCGAGUGCCAUGGUCGUACAGAAGCUGGAUCGCGUGGACUGA